AUGUUUUGGACUUGCCUGCUGCUGAGGCCCCAGUAUCUCCUUCCUUCGACCCGUGUGGUCUUUCUCUUGGAUUCACCCACAUCCAGGAUAAAGGUGGUGGCAGAGCACAUAGACAGUGUCCAGGAUGUCAUCACCAAUUCCAAGCUUGAGAAAUUCUCCAUUGCUGUGAUGUGUGGCGGAAGGUUGGACUACAUGAGUUCGGUUCAAGCAAAGCUGGAUCAUUGCUUUCCCAACAGCCAGAGCUUUAUCACAUUGAUCACAGGUGGAGGUGAGAGCCAGACAGCAAAGAGGAAGUCCAAGUUUGCGGUGGUUCUUCACCACGGUGGCGCCCCCAAAGACCAACCAACAGUUCCAACCAUGGUGCCUGCUCUCAAAGGCAAAGCUCGAGCCUUCGAAGGUUUGCGCCAACGAUGCUUGAGCUUGACUUGUUCUUUGAGAUCUUCAGAGGACAAGCAGAAAGCUGAGGCACUGAGAGCCUCAGCUAUGGCAGGAUGUGUGGCAGAUGAGGCUCGGAUCCCGAGAUCGGAAAUCAAUGUUGACGACGAUGAGAUCAUGCCAGACGAUGAUGAGGCCAUGGAGGAGGUUGAAGAUGAGGCAAUUGACAUGGACAUCGACAUGUUUGAUGGGAAAAGAGAUUACAUUGUUGACCUUUUCACCUUCUCGAGGGGGCUGGCAUUCUAUGAGCCAAUUUUGGUCCAGCUUCUCAGCGCAUCAACUGCACAUGUGUGUGCAGUGAUUACUUCAACAGCGCACCCCUCUGCCAGUGUCAUGGCAAGACGGCUUGGCUUGGAGGUCUUUGUAGCUCUCCCAGCAAGCACAGAUCACUCAAUCUCCCAUGGUGUCCAGAUUCAGGAGUCUAUUUUCAAGCACCUCUUCCUCCAGCAGAAAGGAUUGAGCUCCUUGAAACAUUUGAGAACUAGUGGCAAAAGAGUUGCAGUGGCUUCCAGUUUGCAGUUCAUUGAAGGGCCUGCGCUCACAGAGGCCCAGCAGAUUUUGGACAUCAACGACGUGCAUGUCGAUGCCGAUGACAUGUUUGGUGGCCUUGAUGUCAACCAUGCCAGCCUGGAUGUCAAGAUCCCCCAGCUCCUGACCCGAGAGUUGGCCAACAACAACUUGGGUUUGGCGAUGUCAGGCCCUGGGAUGGGUCGUGGCCUUGUCACCCACCGGCCUUUAGCAGAGGGUGAGAGAAUUUGCUUUGCAACUUGUGCCAAGUUCACUUCUGCUGAGCGCCUCAUGGCCUGGUUGAAGUUGCCUGGACAUGCUGACCUGGCAAAUGGUUUGCUGCUGGUCAAGAAUGUCCGCUGCAAUGAGCAAAUAGGGAACAUCUAUUGCUGCCUGCUUGGUGCAGCAAGAUAUUGUCAGCACUUCCAAGGCAUUCGCAAGACAGCCAAUUGCGCAUGGACCUGUGACCCAGUUGCGGGAUCUUCAAGCAAGAUGAUCAGUUUGGUGGUGCGGACCCACAAUGGGCAAGGUGUGGCCAAGGGAAGUGCCUUAUGCUGCAACUAUGGGCUGUCAUAUGACUUGACAGCACCUGGCUUGGAGGAUGGUGACUCUUCCAGAGGGAAAAGGUUUCGUGGAGCGCUGGAUGCUGUGUUCAAUCACACCCAGGACCAGGAGGAAGCCAAACCUUCAACUUCAGGGCCUCCUCCGACUCCAGAUCCCAAAACUCCGAAGCCCAAGCCUUCACCGCCGCAACUGCUUCCGCCUCCAAGUUCAACCCCCAAGCCAGUGCCUGCCGAAACUGCACCAACUCCGACUCCAGUGGCUGUUGUUGAGACUCCUGUAAAGACAGACCCCCCCCCCCAAGCUGAAUCCAACCCAUGUUGCUGA